UUUGUGCGUGUGUGUAUGUGUGUGAAGCUCAGUGUUGCUGGGAUCUGGAUACAGAAGUGUUAAAUCAAGCGCUCUGUAGAUCUCUGGUUUUGUUUCCACUGCUGUUUGAACAGAAGAUCACUGAAUUUCAGGAAAUCUAAGCUGUGCGUUCAGUGGUGGCGUUGAAGAUGCCGUUCCUCCUGCCGCUCCUUGCCCUCCUCCUCCUGUCUGCUGCUCCCACACUAACUGAAGUGGUGACAUCGAUGUCGGACUGUGACCAAUACUUUCUUAACCAGGCUCCACCACAGAUCGGGGGAAUCUUGGAGGGGGGGAACAUCCUGAAACAGAACAGAUACAAGCCCAUUUGCCAGACCUUGAAUAACUUGAGAACAUUUGUGACACUCUACGACAACACCAACAGGAUCCCAGUGUUCUCUGCUUACAAGUACAUUGGGAACACAGCAGGGAGACCUCCAAACAUUUGGAUGAUAGAACCACAGCUUGAGCAAAUAAAACUGAAUAAAAACAUGAAGAUUGAAGAGGAAGGGAAGUGCCACAUUCACCAGGCCAAUACGAAAUAUUACAUUAACAAACUAGGAUUCAAAGAAGGCCAUUUAUUACCAUGCUCCUAUGGUUUUACCAGAAAUGACAAAAGCUCUACCUUUACCCUGACCAACAGUGUUCCUCAAGUAAUAUCAUUUAAUGAUGGAAGCUGGAGUAACAUGGAGACAUGCGUUCAAUGUGUCCUUGAUAAAUACUGCAUCAACAACAAUGGCCAAACUGAAGGCUUUGUGGUGAUCGGAGCACGGCCCAGCAACAACAUCCGCCUCAACAACAAGGUUAAUAUUCCCUCCAUGCUCUGGUCAGCUUUCUGCUGCUACAGCAGUAGUGAGGGGGCGUGGUUAGCAGGGGCACACUGGGGUGACAACAUUGAAGAUGAAGGUCGAGUGCUUCAGACCAAGACCUUGGACGAGCUCCAUCUAGAACUGGGAGCACCAUCUGAAGUAUUCCCUGGAACACACUGUCCACUUCACACCUCUGUCACCCACCUUUACCCUCAACUCAGUAUGGACUGUAAGUGCCUAGCACCCGUUUCAACUACUUCUGCUGCUCCCACAACUGCCUCUACCCCUCCCGUUUCAACAUCUGCAUCUCUGCCUACCACAUCUGGCCCUUUUACAACAUCUCCUCCAUUUAGUACCACAGUAACACCUCUUACUACUGGCCCUGUCAGUACAACAUCUGGCCCUCUUACUACCACAUCUACCCCUGUCAGUACCACAUCUGGUCCUCUUACUACCACAUCUGGCCCUGUCAGUACAACAUCUGGGACUUUUACUUCCACACCUCCCAGUACAACAUCGCGCCCGCCGACAACAACUGGCCAUGCUGCUACGACAACCAGUACUCCCUCAACUCCUGCUCCAGCCACUCUGAGCACCAGUAAACCUACAACUACAGAAACACCAGCAACAACUGUUCUCCAAACAACCACUCUCCCUCUGACCACAACAUCUUUUUCUAAAACUACAAGACCCCAAACUACCACCAGUCAUCCAACCACCAGAGCGUCUACAACAAGCACCAAAACUACUGCUGCCACGACCUCUACCACAAAAGUCACAACCACAACCACCAAAACUACCACCACAACAAAGAAGAGAAAGAAAGAUGAAAACGACAAAGACAGGACGAAGGAGGGAAAUGACGGAUCCUCCGGAGGAAAUAUGGUCCCAGCUUUACCUAUUCCAGAUGGUGGUUUGGUAGGUGGUUUGGUAGGUGGUUUGGGAGCUGGUUUGGGAGCUGGUCUGGGAGCUGGUUUUGGAGCAAUAGGAGGUGCUCUUUCAGGAUUGGCAGCAAUAUUUCCGAAUUUAUUCGGAUCAGGAAACGGAGGUAACCUUAUCCCUCCAAUCCCACCACCUCGUGUUGGUCCAGAAACUGCGACUACUCCUCCUCGAAACAAUGAACGUCCUGAUGCCCCAACUUUUCCUAAACCUCCUGCCGCCACUUUAACGCCUGUUAUUACUUCUGCAAUUCCACCCAAGGUUGUUUCUACUGUUCCAGUUGUGACAGUUCCUGUUGCAGCUGUCCCCUCCACUAAUCCUCUUGGCAGUAACCCCACUCCCACAACACGUCCCCGCAAAACCACCACCAUCCCAGCGAAAGCCAUCACUCUUCGUCCAUCACCUAGAACAGAUCAAUCUCCAUCCCCAUCCACAUCAGGCUAUGCCAGCCCUGCGGUGGCAACUCAGACCGCUGCCAUUUCUGAGGAAAGCACGUCUCAGAAACCUUCUUCAACUACAGCUAUGCAAACUGCCACCACAACUUUAAGCUCUACAACCUCACCUGGAACUUCAUCUACAUCUGGCUCUGUUACAUCCACAUCUGGCCAUGUCAGCACCACCUCUGGCCUAGUCAGUUCUACAUCUGGCCCUGUUACUUCCACAUCUGGCCAUGUCAGCACCACCUCUGGGCUAGUCAGUUCUACAUCUGGCCCUGUUACUUCCACAUCUGGCCAUGUCAGCACCACCUCUGGGCUAGUCAGUUCUACAUCUGGCCCUGUUACUUCCACAUCUGGCCAUGUCAGCACCACCUCUGGCCUAGUCAGUUCUACAUCUGGCCCUGUUACUUCCACAUCUGGCCAUGUCAGCACCACCUUUGGCCUAAAUGUCCUUGCCUACUACCAAUACCAGCUAAACCAAUACCAGCUAAACUAA